AUGGUACACAAAAAAAGACAUGAUAUAAUUCUUAAUCUUGGAUUGGGAACAAAAGAUAGUUCAACAUUUGGAGAUGAAACUCCGACUCCUACACAAUUUAUAAAAAACUGUGAAGAAGUCGGUUUAUUUCAAGAUCUCCAAAAUGUUAAUUUAUUCGAAGAAACAUUUAAAAAUGCAGUCGAAGCUGUCAAAGCUGGACAACCCAUUUCCCUGGAAAAAUCAAUGGAAACAAAUCAUUCAGAUGAUACUUUACACACGCCAAAUAUUUUCCCCAAUAUCACAGAUAUAAUUCAAUGUAAUUCAAAUGUCAAAUCUGAAAGUAUUUUAAAUAAGAAAGAUUUAAAUGAAAAAUUUGAAGCUAAAUAUAACCGCCAUGUUCCUCCGGGAAUUAUCGAGCAUGACAGUUGUAUCGAAUCGGAAAACAUUCCAUCGUGUAAAAUUGAUAUAAAUAAAUCAUCAGAAUUAUUUAAAAAAUCAAAAUUUGAAAAUGUCAAUGACAUAAAAUUUAAUUUGAAUGGUUUUGUUUGUAAUAAUCAGGAUACAAAUUCAUUAGACAGUGUUGUGUUCGAAAAUGGCGAUGCAAUUUUAAAAAGUCAAAUUCUUCAGUUUGUAACACCUGAAAACCAUUCAAAUUCUGGUAAUGAUGUGGUUUUUAUAAAUAAUUCAAAUAAUUUAUAUUCAAAUUUAUCAAUGAUGCCAUCAGAGGAUUAUAAAACUAGUACUAGUUUAAAUGAAAAUAAAAUCGAUAAGGGCUUACAAAAAAAAAUUCCAAUAUCGAAAUGUCCAUCAUGGAAAAAAUUAUCGACAAAUUCUCUCACAAGUCAAUUUUCUAAAUUUUCCGAAAAUGCUUUAAAACUCAUGUCUAAAUUUUCAUCGAAAGAAACUAGAACUGAAUUUUUGGCAAGAUGUAGGGCUGCUUCUUAUAGAUGUAGAGAAAAGAAAAAAAUGUACAUAUUAUAUUUAGAAAAAGUCAAUAGAGAACUCACAGCUUCGAACAACAAUUUAAAUUUGAUAAAUAAUUCAUUAUAUAAACAUUUAUACGACAUGUACAAAGAAUUAUUCAAACAUAAAAAUUGUAGCGCACACGAUGAAAACACGGAAAAAUCAUUAUCGAAAAUGUUUAACAUUUUCAAACAAGAACCACUUACCGAUAAGGGAAAAAAAACAAUUGUGGGAAUAAAAAAACCGUUAGAAAAACCGAAAACUCCUCCGAAAAUAUACAAAUCGGAUAAUUUAUCAAGUGAGACGCGUUUGAUGCCCGAGAACAAUAACGUAUGUGUAUACAUGAAAGAAUUUGAAAAUACGUUAACGUUAGACGCGGCGGAAGUGACGUUAAAUGAUAAAAUGGAGGAAACGGAAAUACCGUUAAACGAAUUUACAAAACCCAACAUAAUAGUUAGAUUUAAUAGCGUGGGUAACGAGGAUCAUUUAUCAUCGGAUUUUUAUCCGGAUUUUUUAUUCGAACGACGAUUUUUCGAGGCAAAUAGAGAAGACGUACGUAAAAUUUUUUCGGAACACAGUUACAUAUUGAAAAAACCAAUGUUUGACGAUGAUGGAUUCGUCAAGUGUAAAUCAUUAAAUGAUAAUAUAAGAAAACAAAGUAGCACGGAUGAUUUUGAAAUAGGUUUGAUAUCUAAAAAUAAAAACGAUUUAAAUAAAAUCAAUACGAACGGUUUAAAUGGUAAAUCAUUGGUAAAACAAAGAACACCGCCGCCUUUGAUUUUAUUAAAACCGUUUAAAAAAAGAUCGUUACAAAAUAAUAAUAAUAAUAAAAACAUUGAAAAAACAUUAUGA